AUGUGGAAUGAAAGCUGGAAGACAACAGUGAAAUUAGACAAUACUAGCAGUUGGUGGAAUACAUGGGGGUUGUUCAGAGAAUUUGAAACCUGGAACUGUUGGACUGUUGGAGUCCCUGGAAAGGAAAUGCAAGGAAAACGAUGUGUUGAUGGAGUAAAGAAGAGCAAGUUAUUUAAAGAGAAGCUGUUCCCGAAGAUCUAUAAAGAAGAUGUAAAGUUGUUUGAACAGUCUAAUUCAAAUAUGCUUAGGUCUAUAUCAGUUUACUAUAAUAGGAGAGUAAUGGGUAAGGAGAGUAUAAAUCAGUAUAUGAAAGUAGUUCAUAUAUGUGAGUGCCUGGUAAGAAAGGGGCUGUGCGUAUUAAGGUCGCCAACUGUCCUGCCCCCCGGCUUGUUCCCUACCACAGGUUGAUGGCUUACAUUAAGUCUGUAGACAUUGGUAAGUUGUAUAGUGUUGGCGAGAGGUUUUGUGUUGGGUUGGAGGAGAGUGAAAAGGUUAAUGGUUGUUAUUGUGAUAUUGAAGAUCUACUGGUAAAGUUGUUAAUCAUAGCCAAUUCCAGGUCACACUUGACGAAGCUAACACUUUUUAUGUUGCUCUAGGUGGCGAUGGUACGAUGGUAUGGAAAGAUGACACAGCUUGCUCUUGGCUUGUAAGCUUCCUGAACAUUGGGCACGGCGUCUUGAGCAGCAAUGAAAACUUUCUUCUUUUUGGGGCAAACUGUUCAGAAAACUGUUUGCCUGUGAAGCGUUUUUUUAAUCAGUUGAUGCUCGACAUCAACAAAGUCCAGACCACCUCGUACUCUAUUGCAUGCAAAGGAAAGGCUAUUAAUGUUAGAUUUGUUUUUGCAGAGCUCCCCAACGACAUGAAAAUGCUAUCAUUCUUAGCAGGAGAGCUAAGCAAUAGCACAACUUUUUUUUCUACAUUUGCAGAUGUUGACAGCAAAUCAAUUUCAGCCAAUGGUACAGCAACAUUUGGUCGUAAGUCCUCGGAUACGUGGAAACCCUGGAAGUAUUCUCACCAGGUUAAAGUUGCGAAAGUGGUGGAGAAAUUUAAACAGACGUUCAACCGGAAGAAUGUGUUGGAGAAAACCAAGAGAUCAAACAUUACUGUGUUCAUUGGCCAGCAGGGUAGCCGACAAGAAUUUAUACCAUUAGUUGGUGAAAUGAUUGAUCGAGCCCAUGUUGAUCCGCUACAUUUAAAAAAUAAUGCAUGUGCUCUAGCACACCGUUAUCUUUUAAAAUUAGCAGUCAGCACCUCAAAUCUAAACUCUUUCAUCUUUUAAACAGGUUCCGCCAAACACUCCGUUUUUUAAAUAUGUUGAAACUCUUAGAGGAAAAUGUAAGUUGAACAGGUUGGCUAAGAGAAUAAUCAGGUGGUAUAAUGAUUGUGGUAACUGUGGGAAGGAUUUUGAAUAUCGAUUUACUGGUAAGGAUUCACAUAUGUUUUUAUACAAUUUCAUGUUGCUAGUUGAUUUGCUGGAGGAAAAAAAUUUUCUGGACAAAUCCUAGAUACUUCAUAUUCACGCUUAUAUCUGCCUUUGCUUGCGAAAUGCUGUUUCAUUAUUCAGUCAAGUUAGCAUAACAGAUGAUCAACAGGUGCAAGAGCUGGAAAACCAUUGCCAAGAGUACUAUCGAGGAUAUUGGUUGUUUCGUUCUGUUAAUCCGACUGUUUGGACACUAGGCCAGGUUAUUCCGGAGCACACGAAGGAGAUGAAGCAGGCUUAUGGAAUGGGCCUUGGCUUAAAUUCGAUGGAAGGAAGAGAAGCUAAGCAUAUUGCAAUAGCUAAGUAUGCGGCACAUACAAUGCAUGCAUGUCGAUGGGAGCAGGUAUUCCAUCAUGAAUACAUUUCUCUGAUUUGGCAACCCAAAGUUGUUUCGAAUUGUUACGUAGAAUCGUAUGUUGACGACACAAAGACGUUUAUAUCAUUUUCCUUAUCAGAAGCCAACCUUGGCCUGUUAGCCUUUCCCAAUAUCUCAGAAAUAUAGCAGAAUGGUGUUGUUCUAAUAAGCUUCUAAUGAAUCCCUUGAAGACAGAGUUUGUGAUAUUUGGAAUGGAGAAAGCGAUAAAGAACCUGCCAAACUUAUCAAUUCCUUUUCUAGGAAAAAUAUUAACACCUGUCAGAGUUUGUAAAGACCUUGGUCUCACUUUAGAUGCCACUCUGACAUUUGACAAUCAUAUCAAUUCAUUGACGUCGACCCUAACAUCAAGUCUGUGUCAAAUCAACAGAGUUCGACACUUGUUCAACAAGAAUGCCUUGUUGGUCAUGAUAAACUGCCUAGUAUUUAGCAAACUUUAUUAUUGCUCCUCGGUUUGGUCUGGCACCACCCAAAAGAACGUUAAGAAACUACAACAAGUACAGAACUUUGCAGCACGAAUCGUAACCGGAACUUGAAAGUAUGAUCACAUCACCCCGGCUUUAGAUAAGCUGGGAUGGUUGUCAGUGAACGACUCUCUAUUGUACCGUAAUGCUAUUAUGAUGUAUAAAAUAGUUCAUGGUCUUGCACCUGCCUACCUUAGUUCCAAGCUAGUAAUCCGUUCGCAAGUUCAUAAUCACUUUACUAGGCAGGCAAAUGACUUAAACAUAUUACGAUGUAGAACAUCUAAAGCUAAGCGAUCCUUUUUUAAUCAUGCAGCACUGCUGUGGAACUCAUUUGAUCUUUCGACUCGAAACAUUUCAACUCUAGGAGGAUUUAAGAAGGCCGUACGAACAGAGUUAAUCAAUAGACAGAAUUAAUUUUUAAUAGUCCUCGUAAUAUACAGUAAUUCUAGUUUAGCUACAGACAAUCUAUCUUUUUAACAUAAGUUCUAAAUAAUUGCAUGUAAAUAUCAUAUUACUACACUUCUUUGUAAAUUAGUUAUGAAAAGCCCUUAUGGGGAUUAACUAAUAAAUCAUAUUGUAUAUUGUAUUGGCUACGAGUUCACGGUUAUGCCCCUAACAUCAGCAAUAGCCUUUCCAAUACUCCAGCUUCGUAUAUCCCAAAGCGGGUCUUUAAUAAAGACCCAAACUUUUGCAAUUGUGGUUUAGAUAAGGACAUAUCAGACAAAUUUUGUAGAUUUUGUGACCAUGGAACGAGGAAGAAGAUCAAAGACUGCAUCGUGAAAUGUAAGAAACUUAUUUAACUUCUGUACUGCAAUAGACCCUUUCGAUAAUUACGUCACAUAUCUCGAGAAUGUUGGCCUCGCUUAUAUUAUUAUGCGAAUGUUGCUUCCAUGCAGGCCACAACGAGAUACAUGACGUAAUUAUCAAAAGGGUCUAUUGGAUUUCUAAAGCAAGUGUUAAGAGCCGCAUAACAGUUUUAUUAAUUAUUAACCAAAGUACGAAAUUGAAGUUAAUUCCGAUUAAUUACAACAACCUAGAUAGUUGCAGAUCGUUGGUAUGUCGUUUACAAUUGCGGCCAUUACAGACAUUAAUUUUUGGUGAUCACAAUUAACAUUUGACUUCAUUUAUCCUUGGAAGAAACAUCUGGGUAAAAGCUCUGCUCACAGUAAUGCGGUGCUUAGCACUUGCUUAAGUUUUACGUGGUGGUGACACUGAUCUAAUAUGGUGACUUUUGUUAGCGACUCUGUCCUUUUGCUGAAUGCAAAUGAUUGUACUGUUUGAUUGCUUUUGCUUCAAAUAUACUUGUUCGCAGGCAACGUGAGUAGAACGCGACUACCAAGGGUCACCAGUGUAAACGAGACAUAAAGAAUAGAACGAGUUACAUGCAGCAAUUUUUUUUACCAGGAAGAUGGCAAGGCAAUAAAAUACUUAUUUGCGUGGGAAGGAAGUCUAUUGCUAAUACUAUUGCAUAUCAUCAUUAAAAUUCCGAGUUCUGCGUAACAUCGCAUGUGUUUUUGAUGUUAUAUGUUAUGGUAGUAUUAAAGGCUGGGUUGAUUUGUUGGUGUGUUUGAAAGAUGGGAGUCGUUGUAUGAUACAGUGCAUUGGGCAGUCUGUGGACUUUAAUUUAAAUGGUCAAGAACCUGUUAAUCUGUCAUUUUUAUAUAUUACAUGAGGAGUAUUUAUUACAAGAUUCACUCAUGUUUUUCAUUUCUCCUUUAAGAGCCGAAUUUUGAUUAUGCUGUACAGUUAUAUGUGCAGUUUUAUGUAAGGUAAUCUUAAAUAUAUUGGUGGGGGACAUUGCCUAACAUAUUCAACAGGUACUAAAAACAUCCAAGAUAUGACCUGCAGUCCUGAAUAUUAAAAAAAAGCUGUGGCAGUAUUUCUUUGCUCCAUUGGCACUGCAUUUUAGGAGGUUUGUUAAACUUUUUGUACACCAACAACAACACAAUUUUUCUCUAAGAGUGCUGUUUGAAACAAAAUGAUUAGGAGUCUAUAGGUGUUGACGGUUUACCUAGAUAGCUAGUUCGCAGAUAUUUGUUAGUGAACAAGUAAUUAUAACAGAAUACUAUAAGUGGUAAAUGUACAAUUUGAACCUGCAAGUGCUACUUUUUAGCAUAUGUUGGUGCCUUGGUGGGCAAAUUGAUUAAUCAACUUCCUUAGUUAACUUGCAAUAUCAAUGUCAAUCAAAAUUAUCUUACCAAAACUGCUUAGCCUUUUUAUUUUCAAGGUGUUUUAAUACGUGCAGUACAUCGAGCUAUAAUUUUUCUGAUGUUUUUAGUAUGUUUGGUGACCUUUUAUUUCCAGCCUGUUUACUUAUACAGUACAUAAUGCGUCGUACUAAUUAAGAGGAAUAUUUUGUAUGUCACGUAAUAUUCGCUCAAAGCUCAAUUACGACGUAUCUUAGAAGUUCAAUUUUUAGACGUUUAAUUUCCUGCUUAAAAUACAGAUAAUGUAUGAAAUGCAUCAAGGUACAAUUUCUCUUUUGUGCCCUUUUAUGCAAAGAAUUCAAGUGGGGGUCAACGUGGGGGAUUAAAGUCCUUUCAACCCUUGAUCGACAUAGCCUGCGAGCGAGUGUGACGAGAGCGAGUGUGACGUCUGAUCAUAUGAAACCCAAGAAUAUCUUCAGAUUGCAUUAUUUGCACAGGAGACUUGUGUGUGAUCGUUACAGAUUGAAUUAAGGAAGACAGAAAAAAACAACACAAAGCAAAUUUGUCAUUCGAAUAAUGUAACAAACUUAUAGUUUAACCAACGAAAGGUAGUAUAUUGUAAAAAGUGAACCCUUUGGAAUUAAAUACAAUUGGUUGUUGAUAAGAAAAUGCUAAUUGGAAUUUCAAUUACAAAGAGUUCACUUUCUAUGAAUAUACUCACUUUUUAUAUUAUAACAUACAUACAUGGCAGAUGCAUUAUUUAGAAACAUCAAUACAUGUGUAUAAAGCAUCUAAUGGGCCAAAUGGCUUUUACAUGGCUACAUGCCCUGGACAAUCAACUUUAAACUAUUUUUCACUUUCUAAUGUUACCAAAACUGUUUCAGUACGUUAAGUUUAUUAGCUAUAAUAUAUACUGUUCAUAUAAAAAACAUGCAAAUUAAAUACCAUAUGAUGCAUACUUAGCAUAAUAAUUUUCUAAUAUCAUGUUUACAAAAUGAUAUUGUGAGUUGAUUUGUUUGUAUAACUUACAGUCAGUCUCUGUUUUGCCAAGUCUUUGAUUACUAAGGGGCUGCUUAUAUGGAAGCCGAACUGUUGUGUUGCACAGUUGUGAAAAUAACUUGCAGCGGCAUCUUUGAACUUUCAUCCUGGCAACCGGGUCAGCCCGCUUGUGAGUGUUUUAUGGGGAAAUUUUCAUCCCUGUAAGCGAUCACUUGCCUCUAUCAAGCGAUAUCUCAGCAAGCAGACUGAUAAAUACACAAUAAUUUUUACUAUAGAAAUAACUGCACAGCAAGAUCUCGCUUACCAAGUCUCGCUUAGGGCCGGUCAUUAUUUAUGGAAGGGGGGUAAGGGGAAUUUUUUCUUUUCUAAAGUGAAAGCACGCCUUAAAAGAGCAGAAAUUUAAUGAUGACCCCCCUGCAUAUUAGAAUAUUUUUCUUUAACCCCCCCCCCCCAAUUUUAUUUUUACUCAUCAAAUAAGGCGUUAUAGUGUUAAUUAUUAAAUAAGAAUAUGGAACUGACUGAUUUUAACGUAGACCAAAAAUAUAUAUUAGCAGAAAAUUAUAAUUAAAAGAGGAGUAUUUUUAUAUAUAACACUAAAAUCAGGUUUCCAUUUGGUCUGGGCGAUUGUAACCAUGUUUAACGGCAGAGUAUUAGUGUUUGGAGGAAGGUGCCGUUUGUGGUCCAAGGCUGCAACUAGACUUGAUGGCACGAAGUAUUGCCAUAGCAGCUGCGCAGCAACAAUGAAAGUAACAAUCAGUAAUAUUAGCAGCAAAAGGAGAUAACUUCCGGCACCAGUCACACUGACAAGUCAGUGGGAACGAAAUACAAUGUAUAGUGGUCUAUACAUCCUAUUUUAUGUGAGAUUAAAAAUUAUAUAAAAUAAAAUGACAUACUACCAGAUAAAAUCCUCUAGAAUAAACAUGGAUGGGUGGGGUAAAGGUAUCGAAGCGCUAAACUUGCUGCAGCUAGGCAAAGCAUACAAUGGCAGAAUGAAUACCCAGACCGAAGCACUAAUCACAAUGCACGAAACAACCCCCUUUGAUCGAUAUGAUGUCACAGACUCCCCUCAUAAUACAUCCUUUCCCCUGCAUAAUACAUCCGCCACUAACCUUGCUUAAAUGUAUUUAACCACAUCAGUGAGGACUGAUUUGCAUACAGCACACAAAAGACAAGAUAAAUCCAGACUAUUUCACAUCAGUGACCAUGAUUUAGUUGCGACAUUUACAACCAAAUGGUACCACGCCACAGACCACGCUUAUUAAGCAAAUUCCUUCAAAUUUAAUUGCAACUCCCCCCCCUUCAUUUUCUUGAAAAAAAUUAAUAGCCCCCCCCUUCCAGUCAUUUUAUUUAUACAUAUGGCCCCACUUGUUCCCCUUCCAUAAAUAAUGACCGGUCCCUUAGGUAUAAGCGUAAAAAUAGGGGCUCAUACAGUUUUCGAGGUUGUAAAAUGCAUGACUUGUCUCUAUUUUCAUUUUAAUGUUUCGACAGCAAAGUAGCAACUGUUUCAGAUCGAAUGCACACGGACAGCACACCAGAGACAAUGGCAGAGUACUGAAAUAGAACGUCACUAAAAAACGUGUGUCAUGUCCAUUUUCAACAUAAAACAGUCAUUUAUUUUGCACCAAACAUUUGGCAAUAUUUACACAAUUGCGCCUUUUUGUAAAGGCAAUUGCGUGGCUCAUUUUGCUCGUGCAUGCUCAGACAAAUUUCCCACCUGUUUACCAUGCAUGUAUUCUCUUCGAGAAAUUAAAUCUUAAAAUACCCAAGGUUAAUCAGUUUUUAUCAGUUCAGAUUUAGCUAUAAUUUCACUUAGCUACAUAGAUUUUUUUCAAUCUUAUACACUUUUACACUUUGCCUAAAAAUUAGUCUUUGUUGUAAAAUAUAUAUUAGCCUGCAUGGUAAUGCCGCAAAAAUAUAAAAUAAUGAAAAUGGUUGUAGCUAGUUUUCGAAUCGGUCAAUUACCGGCAAAUUUGGAAUUUUUCGUUACAAGCAAAAAAACCACAUAAAUUUUCAUCCGGAUGUGUUCACUUUGAAAGGGAUAGUUGGUGCCUUCCCGAUUUUUGUCCCAUAACGACUUUUUGAUGAUGCAUGGGAUUGCUGUGGAAUGUAGUACUCGAUAUUACAAUUCUAGUAUAAUUGACUGACUAUUUAAUUAGCAAUGUAGUAUUUUUUAUGUAUUUGGGGGGCCAUGUUACUUUGUAUAUCAUUUUGAAAUAUGCAAAUGAAGAUAACCCGAACUACACACAUGUUAAUUAUAGAUGGUGAUCAGCCAAUUAAAUAAAACACUGUCACUGAUAUGAAAUACAGCACUUGAGAGAAGUCCCAUCCAUCGAAAUGUUCUAGGAAAUACCGCCUUCAAAUUUUAGCACAUAAAUAAAAAAUUACGGUUGACAACAACUCUCACUUUCAAAAUAAGCACUAUCCGGUACGUAAUAUUUUGCAUAGUUUAAUGCUUGUAACAAAAAAUAUCAUCGACAGUGUUUCCUAGACACUUUUCAGUUAAAGCUUGGCCGGUCGUCUAAUAGUGAGAAAAGACCCCCACCUACAUUAUGAGAAGUGGAGGAGGGGACAGCGGAAAGUAUAGUCAUUUUUAUUUCAAUUUUUCAGUUAAAAAGUUACCGAUCAUUCGUCGUAACUUUUAUUGAUUUCGUUUUCAUCUUCACUCUAUAUAUUUCUUCUGCGAACAAUCGCGACAUCGCGUAAAGUCUAUAACUAGGUUACCCACAGGGCAGUAAUGCUGCCUUCUACAGCAAAAGACAAACUACAAGGUGUUGAACGAGUCCUUCAGAAACAUCCUAUAAUUGUUAUCCUUGCAGGUUAACCCAUUUACUGACAGUACCCUACCACUGACUGAGUAUUAAAAAUCGUCUGGCGUUGGACAGGGUAAACACUAAAGUAGGGGUCAUUACUGUGCUGAUGGAUUAACAAGAGACAUUGGCAGAUAGGUUUGUUAACCCAUUUACUGGCAGUACCCUAUACCACUGACGAGUAAAAUCUUCUGGCGCUGGACAAGGGAAGGGCGCAUUGCCAGCUAAUGGGUUAAACCACCGUGGUUAAACAUAAUAUUUGAUGCUCUAGGAAAUGUCAACAAGCUAUCAGUGUAACAUCCCAGUUUGAUUUCUCGGUAUAUACAAAAUUAUUUUAAAGUAUAACAACCAGCGAAGAAGUAAGCCACUAACUACCCUGCGCGGCUGCGCGCAGACUAUAUAAUGACAUAUAUAUGUCAUCCGUCCGGUCCGUCCGUCAUUCAUCCGUCCAUCCGUAUCCGCGUUUUAUCCUACCCGUUUUUAAAACACAAAGUUUGCAUAAUUAAGGCAGUGCGGUUCGUCAUGGCAACAUUUUCAAAAGCGGCCAAUUAGACCAGGCGUUAAAGGUCAAUGACAAUGACAUGCAAGUGACAUUUAACAUUGCGUCUCACUAAUUAAAGUUUGCGUGUUUAAUUACUAAUGUUUAUCAAAGAAAGCAAAAAUAUAUACAAGACAAUCUCACAUGUGGAAUUUGUUCACUUACGUACUGCCUUGUGAUGCAGUACAAGUAUAAAUACAAAUGACAAAGCAUUUGUAAAUCCUAAAACAUAAUUAAAUCAUACGGCACAUUCAAGAUUUUAUUAAAUAUCGUAUUUCAGCCGCGUUUAUACUGCUUGGCGCAUUCGCUGCGUUAUAUUCAUUUAUAUACACAGAAAAGCAUCAAGCAUGUCAUUGUCCUUGCAAACCAUAGGCAAAAAGCAUUUGUCAACCACAUACCAAAUUUAAGUAAUCGUUAAAUCAUAGACAUCACAUGUCAUGGAAAGAAUAUGGAAAUAAUCAUCGCGUAUAAUGUUAAAAGCACCGCAUAUAGUGAACGCGUAUAAUGCUGGAACCACCGCGUAUAAUGCGGGAACCACCGCGUAUAGUGGCGAAAGCACCGUGUAUAAUGCCGACAAAAUGCCGUUUGAUCACUUUAAGCCAGCUAUGGCUUUCCAUAAAAGAAGACCAAAGAUGAAAGAUGAUCACAUUGUCUGUUUGCCUUAUGUUUGACCGCGCUGCACCACGGUUAAAAUUCACUGGUACCGUCAUGCAAUGCGCCAAAUGGAAAAUUUUGAUUUCGACCCACAAAACAAAAUUAGGAUCUGCUGCCUUGCUCGCUCGCUUCAGGCUCGCUCGCUGCGGCAGCAAUAACAAUUUUGAAUUCGUUCCGUACUGUUUAAUUUUUCACAGCCGAAAUGCAUCCUAACAACGGGAGAUUAUGUAGCCGUACCAGAAUUACAUACAUUGUCUGAAGUCAAUCUGAACAUGCCUGGAGAAAUUUUAAUCCAAUGUCCCCCCCCCCCCCAUUGCAGUAUGUUUCGCGCACGAACAUAUAUUUAGGGUUAUAGGGAAAGGGUUGAAGUCAUGACAAAAAAUAACGGGUGUCUCAACAAAACGGCCGUUAGUUUGUGCAUUGCCAAAUCGCAUGAGUACGGAAAACUUGCAAUGACUACAGAAAACUUUAGCAGAGGUUCAUAUAUAUAGUGGAAAACCAAUACAACACCAUGUUUUGAUUAUAUUCUCACACAUACACUGUGACUGUGUAAUUAGAUUCGAGACGAUUGGUGGAAAAUGCGGGUUACGGAUAGAUUGUGGAUAUGGAUUCUAUUAUUUUUUCUAUUUGAAAUUAUUGCGUUUUUAAAGUAUUAAAAAUUAUAAUUCAAGCUUUCAUUGACAUCUAUAAGGUCAAGUUUUCCUUUUAAAUAAGUUGCAUUAGUUUAUGCGCUCAGUGGGAAAAGUAUAUUUAUUUAUACAACAUUUCAUUCGUAUUACACUAUAUUAAUUCACAAUGUCAUCAUAACACCGUGUUAAAGUUUUCAAAAAAUUAUUAUAAUUUUAUUUAAUUAUUAUAUAUUCUAAAUUAUAUGAUGUGUUAUUUAAUGAUUAAAUAUGAAGUAGUAAAUAGAAAAUAUAAUAGUUUCUGAUUUGCAACUAUAUUUUCUAUAUGGUAUUGAGCGCUUAUUGAAACACUCAUUAAUAAUGUAUAAGCUUAUUACCCUGUUAAAUCACUGAUAAUGCGUCACGUGCUGUGACUUUAUACCUCAUCAGGCUGCUCCAUGCAUUUACUGUUCGGAGUACUCCGGAUUUUGGGUAAUAGUAAUGGAAUGGAACAGAACACGAUCACAUGACCGUUCGGAACUGUCAUUUGGCUGCCCGGCCCAACUUCAAAGUAGGGGCAGCUGGAACAGAACACGUGACGCCGCCCAUUUUCACGUGAUUGGAAAUAGAGGCGACAUAUUUUGAAGGGUUACCGUUAUAUAUAUCGACAUAUGCUUAUUAUAUGCUAUUUGAACGCCGAAUAUACACCUGUCUACACCACGAAUAUACGCUUAAAUAUUCAAAUAACAACAAGCCAUUAUACGAUUUAUUAUGCGAAUAACUAAUAAAUAUAAUAAUGCUGGUUGCACGCAUAUUUACAUAAUAAACUAAACACUGUUCCAGAACACCGCGUGCACUCCAUUUAACAUCGUUCCAGAACAGUGUUUCAAAUGUUCUAGAACAGCAAAUGGAGCAGCCCCAAUAAAACACUCCUCAUUUGUAUUCUUUAUACAAAACCUUCUCCUACUUAGUAUUCUUUAUAUAAAGAAUACUAAUGAAGUCGCGUUUCAAGCUGUUUAAUUUUAUAAACUCGCAGUACGUGUUUUAUUAGGUUUAUAAGCACUCGCGUUACGCGCUCGUGUUUUUAAACCUAAUAAAACACCGGCUCCUGCUCGUUUAUUAAACAUGCAGUAUUUCAGUUAUUUAUUUAUAAAAGUUAUUUGGAAACGAUAGCCCUUCAGUUAUUGCUGCUUUUCAAGGGAUUGUUUUACAUAAACCUAUAAAAUAUUAAUAGAUAUAUUUACACAAAUACGUCAUGUUAAAUAAAACAAUAUUGAUAAAUCAUGUUGCAAUACUUGUGAGCAUUAUCAACAGUCAUUUAAUCUAUAGAAAAACAAUUGUCAAUUAAAAUUUUAAAAUGAAUUGCCUAUCAAUAGUUGCUCAUACCCGUUGACGAUGUCAAUGGGUAAUUUGUUCCAGGCACAAGCUCCUCGGUAUGAAAAGGAUCUUUUCAUAAAAUUAGUUUUAUAGGCUUACCUAACACAAGCUUGCGCGUGUUACUCCGCAUUUCGUAAUUGUUAUUUUGGCGAUGAGAGAACAUGUUAGAGACGUACUCCGGCGCAAUACAACGGGUAGCCUUGAAUGUCAUUAAAAUUUCCCUUUUCCUAAGAAUAGACUCAAUUGGAGCCCAUCCUAGAAUCCGAAAGAUUGUUUUUGACCUUAUUUCGUAGUUUGAACUUGAUGACACAAGCGGCCCUUUUUUGCAUCUUGUACAGUUUCUCAAGAUUCGUUCGAUUUCCGUCAUGCCAGACGAACAAUAUGUAAAGUAAGGGACUCAGAGGCGAAACUUGAGGGGGGUGUGGGGUGUGUGACACCCCCCCCCCCCAAAUACGAAUCAUGUGGAUUGGCAGGGCGAAUCAUCUGGAUUGGCAGGGCAAUCAAAGAUUUUAAAUGAUAGCCGUGAAUGCAGAGUUAUGAAGUAACUUACAGGGCUUUCAGAGUGAAUUGAAUAGAAUUUAUAGACCUAAAUUUUACAGAUAUUGGUCCAAAAAUAAGGGUUUCACCCAUGUUUUAACAAGAGUUUGUACGGAAAAAAUUUUUGACCCUUAAUUUAACUGGUUUAUGUCCGCAAAAACGUUUUGACUCUUUUUUUAAUGUCCGGAAAAUUUUUUUGCAACAUUUUUGGGAAAAAUAGUGGCCAGAAAUAAAAAUUGCUGCAGGGCAUCAUCGGUUUUGGCAGGGCAAUUCUGGCAGACACCCCCGAAUUAAAAGGGGCUAGUUUCGCCCCUGAAGGGACUAUACUAAGGAGUUGUAGUGUUGUACAUACGAACUAAAUAACUAAUUCAUUUUGUGGUACAAAAGGUUUAGCUUUUCUUAGAAGAGCCACAGCACUCCAAAGUUUCUUACAUUAGGCAUUAAUGUGUUCCUUCCAUUUUAAUUCUUCGUCAAUUAUAAUCCCCAAGACCUCUUCCUGUUUGACUUGUUCAAUAAGUGUAUAUCAUUAUUUAAUUAGUAUUUGGAGACUUUCAGGGAUUUUUUUUUACAAACUUAGUCAUAAAUGACAGGUUAACCCUACAGAGCUUAUUGCUCCAUUUACAGGGUCCCUAAUAAUAUGUAUAUAUAAAAAAAAUAACAAAAAAACAUUACAUUAUUUACAACACAUUUUAUCCACAAGACUGGACAACGGACGACACGAGUGACACUUGACACAUAUACUUUUAAAUGUUUGUGGAGUAUUAAUGUUAUAUAUUUGUUUAGUCAUUGCUUCAUAAUAAGUAAACAGGUAAGAUUUGAAUUGGCCGACAGCAACGCUUGCUUCUCGAAUUUGUGGUGGUAGGGAGUUAUAUAUUCUGGGAGCUCUAUUAUAAAAACUAUUCUGAAAAGUUAAAGUGUUAACUCUGGAAAUUUUUAAUGUUACACUGUUAGUUGUAGCGCGCCUGGUGAUACGAUCGUUUGAUACUAUACUAAUCUGAGCGUCAUUCAAUCUAAUUGCCUUAAAGAGAUACACCAAGUCCAGGUACUCGUGCCAGUAAGACAGAGGAAGUAAACCUGUUUUCAAUAGUCCUGGUAACUGGUUUCGGAUCUAAAUGGCAGCGAUAGGAUGAAUCUCGUUGCACGUCUUUGAAUCUUCUCGACUUCGAGGAUUAAAGACACAGACUGCGGGGACCAGACUUGGGAGCUGUACGCAAAACGACUUCGUACUAACGUUUUAUAAAGUGCGGUGCGGUACGUGUACGAGGAUCAUGCAUCUUAAUGGAGGACCUUUUUACGAACCCAAGCAUUCUGUUAGCUUUCGCACAUACAGCAGAGACUUGUUGGUUCCACUUGAGAUCUGCAGUGAUGAGAGCGCCAAGAUCUUUUUGAACAAGCCCUUUACAGAUGACCGUUGAGUUGGCUGAGUUAUCGUUGUUGAGAUGCUAAGAUGACUGCACGGGUUUGAGAUUCCUUGUUACCUUAAGAACUCCACACUUAGUUUCGUUAAGGUUCAUGCGCCACGUCCGACACCAAUGGCUGAUUCCAUCCAGAUUACAUUCGAGAGUACCCUGGAGCCAGAGGGUAUUUAUUUUCGCCUGUUUUGAAUAAUCCUCUGGUGAAAUUGGCGUAGUUUUCGGGUUCACAUUCCACACAUAACUUUCAAAAAUGGAAGGAAAGAGUUGAUUGGCUGCUGACUAUAGGUUCGAUAGACUACGUGUUCUGAUUGGAUAUUGUAAACAUCAUAGCCUGUUCGCAGGCGUUUCGUGUUUUGAUUGAAUUGAAACAUUUGAAUUUUGAAAUGUCUAUAUUAUUAAAUAAACGAACAAAAGUUGAAAGAAGCAGUUUUAUAGGCUGCAUUAAUAGAUAGAUUGAUAAAUUCCCUGAAUUAAAAGUUUAACGGAGCAUCAAUACCGCGCCUUGUCCAAUUUGAAUUAAAGAUGUAUUUGCAUCUUGCUAUCGGUUAUGCAUGGGAAGAGUUUAAUACUCCAAAGUUCUAACACCGAGAGUAGCACGACGACUUGGCAAAAGCCACAAUUUUCUGGAGAAACCCAUCUUAAUAGUCAUUUGCAAAUUGAACUUUUUCAUUGACUCUCACGUCCGUGAACUAAGAAAGCGUGGAUGCCGUGUUACUUCACUGUCAAACGAAGAGGACGAGAAAGCAAUACUAGAUGGAGAGUUUACAUUCGCAUUUUGUAAUCCCGAGUCUAUUAUUCGAAAUGCGAAAUGGAGAGGAAUGGUUUCAUUUGAAAUCUACAAGACAAAUUUGCUUGCUUUUGUAUUAACAGACAAAGUUCACGGCGGCCCAAAGAGGUGUGUUUAAUAAAUUUAAAUACAGAUUUUUUUGAAUGUAUAUUGCAGGAUUAAAUUGAAUGUAUAUUGCAAGAUUAAAGUGAAUGAAUAUAAAUAUAUAUUUAUAUUAAAUUGAAUAGAUGUGAUGUUUUAAAUUGAAUGAAAUUCAGGAGAAUGAAUAUUGCUACAAAUAGUGAGGCGGAUAUGUGUAAAAUUAUUGAUCAGUAGUUCCCGUUGAGGUUAAAAGCAUCAAACUUUUACAAUUGAUGUAGUUUUAUUUGCUUAAUAGAUAUUUCAAGUGGGGCCAUCGCUAUUUUGCUGCUAACUCCUGAAAACGGGUGAUUAGUGAUUUUCUUCUAUUGAAUUCUAUUAUAGCCAAAAAAUGUGAAAUUUUGUAUUCAAUUACAACAAAUAUGAUCUUGCAUAAUCAGAAAGCUUAUAAAAAAACUGCAUAUAAGACGUUUAGACAGUUUUUUGAUUUCUGAAAUAGUUUUCGAAUUAUAAACUGUUAAAAACGCAUUUUCAAACAUCGAAUAAUUAAUUAGGGACUCAGUUUUAGCGAGACAAUGUGCCUAAUUUACAGCAAUAACCAUUUGAAGAAUAAAAAAACUGUUUAAAAGUCUUUUAUGUAGUUUUUUACAAGCUUUCUGAUGAUGCAAGUUAUAUUUGUCGCGAUUGAAUUCAAAAUUUCGCAUUUUUGUUGUAGUAGAAUUUAAUAGCAAAUAAUGCUAAUAGCAUCGUAACUCUCUAAAAAAAACAGUUUCACGAUGGCCCCACUUUUGCAUGUUGUUCUACUCACUGAAAAGAUGCUACUGUGCACAAUUUGGUGCUUUUAACCCUCUUCGGAAACAUCCAUGCACAUAUCCGCCACACUAAAAUGGGCAGGCAUACAGUAAACAUGCGAUAAAACCCUGUCUAGACGGCCUGGCGUCAAGGAUAAUGAUUGGAUAAUAUUUUUAGAAUAUGAUGCAUUAAGCCAUUAUACAUUUUUUGCAUUCUUUAUCCGAACCAGGAAUCGCUAACAAAUUCACCAGAGGUUUUUCCUUUUUCUUCGCGCGUUUUCUCGCAUUUCGCGUUCGCCAAACCUAAAAAAACCUCUGGGCCAGGGUAAUUCGAGAGCUUUUACGUCAUCUGUUCUUAUGGCAUGAUAACACUUGGUAUCAUCAGCGCCGAACAGAGCAACAGAUGAUGUGGUGAACUUUUCUGGCAGAUUAUUCACGUAUACAAGAAACAAUAAAGGGCCAAGGAUUGAACCCUGAGGAACACCUGAUAGAACGGGUAUUGAUCGGGAUGUUUUUCCUAAAAUGAUAACUUUUGAUGGCGAUCUGUUAGAUAGUUAUGAAACCAGCUCAGCAAGUUUCCGCAAACUCCAAAAUUACUAAGUUUCUUGAGAAGCAGCUGAUGAUCAACCCUGUCAAACGCUUUAGCGAAACUGAGAUAAAGGACAUCAGUGUUUUUUACAUCAAACUCGUGUAGAACCUUUAGUAAUUGUGAUGUUGUAGACUUCCCCCUGAGAAAUCCAUAUUGGAGGUUAUGCAGUUCACUUGAGACAUGGUUGAUCAAUUGGUCGUAUAUGCAACGCUCGAGGACGUUUGAUACAAUUGGAAGUAAAGAUAUGGGUCGAUAAUUUGAAACUUCGUUCUUUUGACCACCUUUAGGAAUGGGUAUUAUAUUAGAAACUUUCCAUUCCGCUGGUACACUACCGGAAAUUAAACUUCUAUUGAAGAGAUCAGCAAGGGAUGAGGAAAUGUAUGGAGCACAACAUCUAAGCAACUUUGCCGGAAUUUUGUCUGGACCAGUAGCUUUGUUGUCAUCGAGAGAGAAGAGCACGUUGAACGUCAUCAGGCGAGAUGUUGAUAUCACUUAUGGGGUCACAGAGGGUAGUGGUGGACGCUGGAUGAGCAUCAUAAUCUUCUUGGGAAAGAGUUAUUAAACAUAGAAAAGAAGAAGUUGUUUAAAGGCCUGUUUACACUUGCAAUUUUCACUGCGAUUUUAUGUGCGAUUUUUUCUGCUGACGUGAUGGCGACAUUAAAAUUGCCAAUGUAAACACCCUGCGAUUUAAGUGCAAUUUCAGUGCAAUUAAAGUGCAACUAAAGUGCAAUUUAGUGCGAUUUCGUUGCUUUCGUGUGCAGAAAUUAUUGAAAACUAAAUUAAAGUAAAAGUCUACACGUAAGAACAGGUUUAAAAAUUAUGUUUAAGUUUUAUAUUCCACUUAAAUAUGGAUGAAAACGAAACUGAAAUAGCUGCUGUUGCUACAACAGCUUUUCUAAGUGUAUUGCUCGCACGUUCUCGGCGAAAAAAACGCCGGGAAAGAAAAGUUUGGAUAAAGCCAUGGAUUGCGAGCAGGGAAUCAGACGGGGCUUUCCACAAAUUGAUGAAAGAUUUAGAAAAGGAUGUCGAUAGCCUCAAAAAUUACUUGAGAAUGGAUCUCCCUGCAUUUGAAGAGCUAUUGGGGAAAAUAGGCACAUACCUUCAAAAGAAAGAUACUGUUUUUCGCAACUCUAUCAGUCCUGCCGAACAGCUGGCUGUUACCCUUCGCUUUCUGGCAACAGGCGAAUCGUACACAAGUUUGCAAUACCAAUUCCGCAUCAACAAAGGUACUUUAUCAAUCAUUAUUCCUAAAGUUUGUAACGCCAUUGCCACAUAUUGUUCGGAGUAUAUUGAAUGCCCAAGCACUGCCGAAAAAUGGGGAGAAAUUGCAGCUGAGUUUUACCAGCGUUGGCAACUACCGAACUGUAUUGGUGCAAUUGAUGGCAAGCAUGUACGAAUUGUCCAUCCUCGGUGUUCUGGCUCUGAUUAUUACAACUACAAGGGCUUCUACAGCAUUGUGCUCAUGGCUAUUGUGGGUCCUUCCUCGGAAUUCAUAUACGCUGAUGUGGGUUGCCAAGGACGUAUCAGUGAUGGCGGUGUGCUGAGAAACACCAAUUUCUUCAAAGCAUUAGAGGCAAACAGUUUGGGCAUACCGAUCCCUAAAUCCCUUCCAACAGCCCCAGAAAAUCGCGGCCACGAAGAUGAGGAUAGUUAUUGCCAAAUACCGCAUUAUUUUGUUGGCGAUGAUGCAUUCGCGUUGGCUCCAAAUAUGAUGAAGCCAUACCCCCAAAGAGGCUUGACGGAGGAACAACGUAUAUUCAACUAUCGCCUAUCCCGAGCGCGGAGAGUCAGUGAAAAUGUAUUUGGAAUUAUGAGUGCAAAAUUUCGAAUGUUUCAUAUGACACUUUGUGCUAAGCCAGAGAACGCAGUUGUUAUCGUCCAUGCAGCUUUGCUGCUUCACAACUUCCUGUUGAGAAAAUGCCCUUCGAUUUAUGCUCCCGUUGGAUCUCUUGAUCACCCAAACGACCAAGGGGAAAUUAUAGACGGUGAUUGGAGACAAAGCACAGACCGUGCUGGAGCUUUUACAUCUUUCCCUUCAACCCGUGGUAACCAUCUCAAGAGUGCCAGUAAGAUCAGAGAUUGCUUGUCACAGUAUGUCAAUGGACCAGGGCAAGUGCAAUGGCAAUGGAAAACAUUACUGGCAUAACUAACUAUUAGAUGUUUUGACUGUUGACAAUUGUUUUCAAAGGGAAUAAACAUUGAACCAUUUGUGAAACACCAUUGAGUGAAUGGCAGUUGUUUACUUGUAUAAUUAAUAUAUGCAAAAUAGACAUUAGUUUGAAAGUGUUCUUAAAUUAUUAUCCAAUCAUAUGUCGUGCAUUGUUGUUUUAAUCAUUUUGUUUACGCGUUUUGGCUUGUUUUUUUCAAAGAGUUUUUCUUUUGUGAUUGGUUGUCAAAAUAAUCGAAAUUCGUUUUUAGUCAGACACAGACCUGUCAGACCUGUUUUUACUGGUAACUGGUCACAGUGGUCAGUGACAGUGUAUAGGUGUAAAGGACUUAGAUGUACUCGAGGAUGUACUAUAGCUGAACUACGCUUGUAGUGUGCUUGAUUAUAUAGGAAUAUUAGCUCGGUUUUGUAUUGUGUGCUAUAUUAAAAGUUCUUCAAAACGUUCAAUAACGUGUUUAUACUACAACUAUCAAGAUACGAUUCGUCGGUGUCGAUAUCGAUCAAACACAACGUGACAAUGAAAAACAGCUGGUACGUAUAUAUUGGAUAUAGUAAUGAAUAAAAUCGGAAUGAUUUUAAUAAAAUUUGACAUGUAAUUGUAAAACCUGAUAUUAUUAAUAUUUUAAAGCAAUUAAAACAUAAGUCUUUGACUUUCAGAUGCUCAAGAGGCUGAUGGCAGUUGAUCCUGUCCGCUGAACUCAGCAUUAAACAAAAGCUGCUGAAUCUUUAGCUUCAGCAGUUCUUUAGUACGCCGGUCUUCAAUUUGCCUCAACGAAUGUGCAACGUGCAUACCGAACGUUUCAUCGGCGUCAAGUUCCUCUGAAUGCUUUCGCUUAUUACUAGUUGCGAGCUUGUCCAGCACCGUCAACGAUUUUUGUAAGACAAUAUUUUCCAUCUUUUCACGGACAUUGGCUUUCGACUUCGCCGACUUGCUGGGAUCGUUUUGCGACUGGGUUAAGAUGUUGAAUGGUCUUGAUACGGAAAACUCGUCGUUUAUUGACUCACUUGGGUCGUUUAAUAAAUUAUCUUCAUUGACAUUGUCGUCACUGUUGUUUGUAUCUUCACUCGGCUCCAAUUGAACUUCGCCUGAUGCCAGCUCUGAUGCAAUGAGUGUUAGUCUGACUUCUGGGACGCCUGACGUUGGCUUCGUUUUCACCGGUGUGAUACUGUCUCGCAGAAAAUGCAAUGAGUUAUAAAAUCGCCAUGAUGGCUCGUAAACACUGUUGUGCCUGCACCACUCGCUACGGAAGCUCACGCUUUUCCCAUCUCUUUGCCGUACUGCGUUCGCAAGUUCCUAAUCUUAGCUUUAAUAUCUGCAUCUUGAAUGGAAAAGGAAGGACCAAAAAAUGGUUUUAGUAUUACACCCGUUUUCAAAAUUACGCGACUAACACGGAAAAGUCUCAGCCUGACAUGUGGGUUUUAAGUCAAAUGAAAAUUCAAAAUGGCGGAGGUUUGUUGAGUGAAAUUUUAAUGUCAACAGAGUUUGUGAUGUUAUUUUUGUAAAGCGUGCUUGAAUAGAUAUGGUAAAAUCAUAUCCAAUUGCACUUCGAUGGAGGGUUGUAUUUUUAAACAACGAUGGGCUUUCCUAUGGUCAUAUUGCACGAACUUUACAUGUAGAAGAAACUUUCGUAAAAAAAGUUCUGAGUAUUUACAAAGCAACCUCGGGCGUUGAAUACGAGAAACAUCGUAAAGGGCGAAAGAGAAUCAUAACAGGUUUAUAUUGUUUACAAAUAUUUGAUUUUUUUAACUUGUGUAACUUUAUAAUCUGAUGUAUUAAGUUUCUCACGUUUGUUUAUUAUAUUUAUAAAAGGUCAUGAUAUGUUACUCGUUAGGAGACUUGUUAAUCAAUACCCCGAAAUAUAUCUUGACGAAUUGAGAGACUGGAUGCACUACAUCACUGGUGUUGUGUACUCAAUAACCACGCUACAUCGUUUCCUUAGAAGAUGUGGUCUAAGUGUCAAAAAAGUGAGUUGCUUGACAACUUUAAAUGUCAACACACAGGUUUUAAAUAUGGGUUUAUCCCCCCCACACACACACUCCAGAAACCUCCCAUCCCAGAGAGAAUGUCAAACUAGUUCACACAAGAUUUUCAUGAAUUAUGACAGUUUAUAUAUGAUUUGUAGUCCCCUGACAUAUAUAUUCAUGUCCUGUCCCACAAGUUUAUACUGUCACAUGUACCAACUAACCCAUUAAAUUGCAUUGCACCCUAAUUGUACUCUAUCUAAUGCCAGACAAUUUUACUUGUCAUGGGGAGUCGUGCUGCCACUCAAUGGAUAUGUGUUGUGUAGUAUCACUAACACUUUGUCAAAAAAUCAUUCCCAACAGUUACAUGUGAUAGCUAAACAAUGGAAUGAAUUUAAGCGUGCAAAUUAUCGACAUCUUGUGGCAGGAAUUUACAAGCAUCAAUUUUUAUUUGUUGACGAAUCCGCAAAAGAUGAUAGAAGUUUUCAGGUAAAAUCAGUCUCUCUCCUUCCCUACCUCCUUCCCUCCCCCCCCCCUGUCUCUCUCUGGUGCUAGCAUUCUACAAAAGUUGCAAAAUCGUGCCACUAGAGUUAUUACUCAUCAAGGUUAUGAUAUCAGAUGAAAGGCAAACAUUGGGCAAACAUUGCUGAAAUGUGAGACAUACACCAAUUAACUAUGAUGUAUAAGAUAUUAAAUAAUUUGGCACCAAAUUAUUUGAGAGACCAUUUUGAAAUGUCUGCCACAGAUAAUUUUUAUAGAAGUAGAAAAAAAUAGUUUUCUACUUCUAUAAAAAUUAUCUAUGGCAGACAUUUCAAAAUGGUCUCUCUUGUACUACCAAAGCCUCAAACUGAAUAUUUGAAGAAAAGCUUUGCAUUUUCAGGGGUAAAAUUGUGGAAUACUUUACCUGAAGAUGUAAAAUGCAGCAACAGUUUGAGUCAGUUUAAAAAAGGAGCAAAAAUCACAUCAUCAGCUUCUAGCUAAAAGUGUAUAUAUAUUCGACUUUCUUGUAAAGCAGUGCUAUGCUCUGAAGAAUUUCAGAAUUGAAAUUCUCUCUCUCAGUUUGUGAGUUAUUUUAUAAGAACUUUAGUUGUGAAAUAAAGUUCUCAUGAAAUAAUCGAAGUUUUUCUUCUAAUCUAUAUUAGUUCUACCCUGGUUAAUUGACCACUCAAUUCGUUUAUGAUUAUAUAUAUAUAUAUAUAUAUAUAUAUUGAAAUUUUACAUUGACACUUUUCCAACUGAGCUACACAGUCAGGUCCAAUAGAGGACCGGGAAUUAUUUGUAGACAAUAAAUUUGCCAUAGAUUUAUUUAUCAUUAUUUGAAUGACAUGCAGGUACAUCGGUGCUACAGUAAUUGUGGGUACUGCAAUUAAAUUAAUUGCAUGCUCUUUUUAUAUGUAUUUUUCCACUAGAGGAAGUUUGGCAUUUCUUUGAGAGGAUGCAGAUUGGCUAACCAUGGCAAUUUUACUAGAGGUAAAAGAUUCAGUGUUCUGGCUGCAAUGUCAACAGCAGGAAUUACAGUUGCUCACUCAAUUAUUGGUUCAUAUGACAUGGUCCAGUUUGAAUUUUGUUUUGAAAAUUUUAUUUUCCCUUAUAUUGGGUCAUUUGCCAAGCAUAAAAAGUGCUCAGUUGUGGUCAUGGACAACUGCAGCAUUCAUUAUUCUGAAAGGAUUAUCCAGAUGGUUCAAGGAAAGGGUGGCCUUAUCAUAUUUUUACCGUGAGUAUUUAGUACAUGCCUCUUGUACAUUUUUCUGUUGACAAAAGCAGAUUGCAGAAUGUAUUUAAAUUGAAUUUGCUCAAGUAUUACAUCACUGAACAUUAAUUAUGAUCCUGAAACUCUCAAACAUUUAAGAGUAUAUGUCUGAAAUGUAAUUGUAUUUGUAGCCUGUGUAUAUUAUGAUAGUUUUGUGUCGGUCCUGCAGUAAUUGGCUAUUCGCUGUUGCGAUCACCCAGCCGUGGUCAUGUACUGUAUUUUGUUAUGUACAUUUGUUUUUGUCCUGUUAUAUAAUGUAUUGUUUCAUUGGCAAGGUUUAUAAAUUAAAUUGAAAAUAAUUAAGUUGCCCCCUUCCCAUUAUAGCCAACUGUCCUAUCAGUUAAGCCCUGGGUUGUAAAUAGACUAAAAUGCACUGUACCUGUUUGCCCACACAACCUAGAAAUGGGGUAACAAGUAGGGGCAGGGAGUACAGUACAACUUGUAACAACUGCUCAAACACAACCUCGUUCAGUGCUUUGUGAUGCUUGCUUGAUGAUCAGGGACCCCUGGUUUUUGCCAGCUGGAGCACAAAGGAAUUGUGUCACUGAUGGCCCCACAUACUAUAUGGUACAAUAGAACAAAUGAAUUGCAUAGUAUAUAUUCACACAUAAAAUUGUAAAACAUAUGUUUUUGUACAGACCGUAUUCACCAGACUUGAAUCCAAUUGAGAUUGCUUUUGGCACCGCUAAGAAGUGGCUUCAGAGUCACCAAGAUAUUUGUGAAAAGUAUCCAAAAAGAUGCUUUGAGAUUGCACUGUAUCAGGUAAAAUACACUAUCUUUUAAAGUUUAUACAGAAACUCAAAUAAUUUUAACAUCCAUCCAUGAUUAUAACAACACAACAUGACUGGUAUGUGCAACAGUAUAUACAUAUACAUGCAUCACCAGGAGUUUAAUUGUUUUUACUGUUAAUAGCUAUUAAUAAAAUCUAUAUAAAGUCUAUUUCAUAGUCUUUAUCUUUUCCAACUACAAAACAUAAAUAGCACUUUUUCAAUUACGCAGAAUUGAACCCACCACAUAGCAGAUACUAUCUGAUAGGAUUAUGUGUAAAAAGGCAAAUGAAUGCUAUUAAUUCAUUGUACUCUACAUGCAUGUAUAGCAAGGAAUUUUGAGUUGUUCAUAUAUUGAGAAAGUGCUUUAUACCUAAUUUCAAUAAAAAAUGCAUUACUACCAAAAUAUCAAUUAUAUUAAGUUCUCUUAAUAUUUUAACAGAUUUCCGAAUCAUCAUGUUCUCGGAUAAUAUCAUCAUGUGGCUAUGAUUAAAGGUAAGUACUGUUUAAACCUUUUAAAAAUCUUCAUAUCCUUGGAACGUAAUUUUGUAAAUCUCUUUGGAUAAACGCAAACGGUCAUUUUCUUCUGUGAUGCCAAGACUUUUAAUUAGACCAUCACCAAGAGUAGGGUGUAUCAUAGCUUCAAGAAGGUUCCCAUCAACUUUAUUAUCUUUAAAGGUUUGGCAAUAAUGUUGCAAACCUAUCUUUUGCAAAAAUCUUGCCACAUUGUCCUCUGUUAGUUUUUGAAUUUCUGGCAAGGAAAAUGAUAUCGUUUUGGAAAACCUUUAGUUUAGGUUCUAUGUUUGUGUACAGUAUGUCACAUGUACAGUAACUGCUUGAUAUGUAGGUUAUAUUAUUUUUUUUAGAAGAACUUCACUGGAUGUAUUUCAAAAUAAAAGGCUUGGUAUCUCAUUAAAUUAUGUGUUUGCAUAAUGUAAUCAAGGAUUUAAUGUCUAAAUGCCAGGGUGCAGAUUGGUUAUUCCGUUUUUGAGUUUUCUGGUUAGUAUAAAGACCAUAAUAUGUGUAUUAGGUUUAUGAUUUUAUCUAAAUCAUUAAAAUACCGAAAAGCUUUUUUGACUAUCUAAUCAACCUGCAACAUGCAGUUUAGACCAUCCAUGCGUUUGAUGACCAAAGCACAGCAUUUCACCCAAAUAUAUUCCUUGUAAUUAUUUAUCAAGAGCCACAAAAAAUAAUGAAGAGUCUUCAAAAGUUAUUUUUUCAUUUUGCCUUGCUAUACACUGUUUUACCUGUAUUUUAAUGUAUUGGCAUUUAUAAACGGGAAUUAACAAAUUAUACGAGCAAUUAUAUAUGUAUAUAAGUGUGAUAAUUAUAUAAAUAUGCAUAUGAUAAAAACAAACCUAUUUUUGUAGUUGGCUGUACUAAAUUUCCACUCGGCUGUACUAAACUUCCACUCGGCUGUACUAAACUUCCACUCGGCUGUACUAAACUUCCACUUGGCUGCUAAAACAUUUAAGAACAAUACUGUACAUGUACAGUGUAAUUGUUGUAAUGCAUAUAAUUGCUUGCAAUUUCCCACAAUUUAGCUACAUAACACUCAAUUUCUACAGUGUACUAGACUCAAGUACAAAUUAUAACUUCUAAUUAAUGGGGUGCCAGCACUCUCCCAUUGAUGAGUAAAAUCAUCUGGCAUUGGACAGAGUUAGCAUUAGGGGCCUUAGGGCAUAACGCAACUUAGCCCUAAUAAGUGGCAAUGCGCCCAGAUGUGCCCUACUUUAUUAUUUUACUCUGUCUAACGCCAGACUAUUUUACUCUGUCUAACGCCAGACGAUUUGACUCGUCAGGGGGAGAGUGCUGCCACUCAAUGGGUUAAUGAGUUAACAGGUACUGUAAAAGUGUCACAUUUUGAGUAUGCAACAAACACUAAAACAAUGAUGAAAAAUAAAUCUGGGUGUAAACAUUCUGUACGUGAAAAUUUGACAGUUGUAGACACAAGCAAGUAAGCAUACUGUGUAACAUUUGGCAUAUUUUGAAAACAUGUAAUUUUACCCCUUCUAAAUGUUUUACCUGAAAGAAAUAUAAUACCAGUACAACAUUUUAUCUAAUCAUACAUUUUACAAUCUCACCUGAAACCUAAUAUUAGAACUCAUCAUUGCUAGUAAGGUUGUCUGAAACAUAUCAGCUCGUUUUGCUUCAAUUUCCAUUCUCUGUUGGCUCUGUAGCAUAAACAACUCCAGCAUGUUUGGAGAAGCAUUAGUAGGUGGAGAUUGAUUAAGAUUUGAUGUUGGCGAUGAACUUAAGCUCGAUUCACUACACAUGGAUGGACUUCGGUUUGAUCUCAUAUUCUUGGGAGGAACUCUCACAAUAUCAAUACAUUUAUCCCAGUCAGGUUCGUCCCCCACACCAGAUGACUUUCCAUCGACUAUUGCAUCAGUCCAGUGCUUGAGAUGAUUGAUGUUAUACCUCCACAUCACUCCCUUUUUUUCAAGAUCUCGAACCAAAGAGACAUGCACGUCAUUCCACAACUCAUUUUCUGCUGCAGUACUAUUGUUUCCUCCCAAAUCAAGUUUUCUUUUUCUAGAGUUGGAGACUGAUGAUUCUAAAAAUACAGUAGCAGAUCCAAAAAAGGCAAUCACUAUUUACAAGUAGUAGCAGAAAUUAUAUAACUACAGUAAGCUUAUUAAAUUAUUAGCAUGACAAUACAUUAAUUUAGUUGUUGUAUAACUUGGACAAGUGUAUUUUACUUUUUAUAUGUAACAAUUAUGAUUCAAGAUUCACCCGAAUGUAUACAAUAUGGCAUGUUCAUGGAAGGAGACAUGACCUGCUUAAUUAAGGUGCAUUAAUGAAGCAAGUCUAAGAAAUUAAAUGUUAAAUUAAGUAAAAAACAUCAUAAUCGCUUCUUACCUGGUGGUGAAGAAACAACGCAUUCACAUGCAAUUUUUAGUGGUACUUUUGGGCCAUAUUCCCGUCUACAUGAUGCUAGAUCUUCAUCACUUUUUAAUGCAACAGGUUGCUUUGUACCUUUUCGUAGCCAAUAUAAGCCUUUCUUUGGAGUGUAUAAGUUUUCAGUAUCAAGAGACACAAUCCUCAAAGUUAUAUCAGAGAGAGAUUCACUGGACGAUAAAUUGUGAAGAGUGUCUGCAGUUGGUAACACUUUCCCAUUGACAUAUGGAUGAACAAAGAUAUCUGAAGCCUUUUGGUUUAGUGCCUGCAGACGUGGAGACUUUCUGAUAGGAGGGCUGUCUGAAAUGGUAAGAGAUAAUGUUGUCAAUAUAUGGAUGCUUUUUCCAUUUAAAAAGAUUUUCCAUUUAGGCAUGUUUUCACUUGUAGAAUGGAAUUUUUAUUCGCCUUGUUGUUCCCCAUACAAUUCACAUAACCAUUGACUCGACUCGAGUGAAGUCAUGCAUUGACUAGACUCGAGAAGCCAUUAACUCAACUCAACCGGAUAGUGAAAUGACUCGACUCGUGACUCAACCUGUUGGUGACUCGUUACAACACUGGUGAUUGUUUUGGGCUGGUAGGGCAAUAGUUAUUAAGUGUCUGUAUAAUUUUUAAGUCUGUAUUAACUUUACAAAUUAAGGUUCAACACCUGUUUCAAGUGAGACUGUCUGGCAUUAAUGUAGCUCACACAUUACUACACAGUUAUAUUAUAUCAAAAUAUAAUCGGAAUACUUUUAUUUCUGUGAGCAGAUAUAAUAAUUUUCUUCCAGUUUGAACUGAACAUUUUGUGCUGAUCAGCAGAGUACUUUGUGCCUAAAUCUAUAGCUGCCAGGUAUGAUGCAUGUCAACCAUGGUUGGACCCAUAGUGAGACAUGAGUCGUAGGUCUUUCUUCAGGGUUUUAAGUCACAAAUAUUUGACCUAAAACCAUUUCUGUGGCUGUUCAAAAUUUCUACAAUCAGUGUCUUAUCGUACAUCAAUUAUAUAUUUUCCAUACCGGACUGAGAGACAAGGGUAGUGAGUCUGGUCAACCCACCAAAAUCCUAUUUCAGCCUGGUGUACCAGACAAAAUAUGUUAUUCCAUUCAAUGGAAAUCCCCCCCCCCCCAAGCAAGGACAACUCAAGGGUUUUACUUUACCCCCUGAAAAAUUCCUAUUGUAAAAGGAAUAAUUGUAUUUAUAUACCCCUCAAAGAAAUCCACACUUACCCAUGAAAAAAACUCAUUUAGAAUACCCAACCCUGAUGAAUUUCACACUGAAAUUAGAGUCCCAUUUACAAUACUCUUGAUUUUUGGUCAAGCACCUGUACCAAAUUUAUCUGUGUAGCACAUAGUAGCCCGAGCAUAAGUAUGGGUACCAAAAUUUAGCGUAGUACGAACAGGCCUUGGCCCCGAUGAAAUCCAGAGCUAAAAAUCACCUUACCAUUGAUGGGGGGAGGGGUGUAUGGAUAUUAAAUGAAAUGCCCAAAAAGCCACAUGGGAGAAUGCAUUAGCAGGGCCGCCGAGAGAGGGGGGAAAAUUGCGCCGAGGUGCUGGGGGCCCCUGAAAAUUUUUAGUUGGGCCCCAGUCAUUUUUGUGUGUUAAAAAUUUCCGCGCAAAAGACAAGAUAUCUGUUUUUCUGGGCUGAAAUUUGGUAUGAAAAAUUGAGAUAAAGUCGCUGGAAAGCAACUGCAAUGUACUUGUCCGGAAAUUAUUUUUUACCUAAAAAGUUGUUGACGGGGGUUGGGGGAGAGAGGUUGUCUGAAAAAAUUUUGAAAUAGGGGCCCCUAAAAAAAAUUUGCCCCGGGCCCCCGCCAACCUCUCGGCGGCCCUGUGCAUUAGCACAGAAUAGGAAGCUAUAGCAGAAGCGUAACUCAAGCAAGUAUUUGUCCGCGUUUUUACAAGCGAUUCGUCAUCAACACGCCAUCCUGGCUAGUACAACCGGCAUUUUGUACCUAGCAAAACCUGAUAAAAACUUCCGGUUGUACUAGCCAGGAUGGCGUGAGCGAGUUAAAAUUUUCGUGGACGUAAAACAAUAAGGGAAACGACUAGAGUUACGCUUCUGCUAUAGCUUCUUAUUCUGUGGCAUUAGUAACUUACUGUAUUACAUAACUACAUCAACACAUUUUUUAUCAUGCCGUUAUCAACCGUACCUUCUCCUAAAUCAACUGCUAAGUAAAUAUAGCAUUUAUUCUUUCUUCCUUUUCGCUUGGGUUCUUGUAAAGGAUAUUCCUUUAGCAAUGCUGGAAUGUCCAUGUCCCCAUCAAAUGAGACCAAAGACUUCCUAUUCGCACGCUUGUAAUACAUUUUUUUUACAACCUUGUCGGUCCCAAGUUUUCGAGUUAUGUAGUCCUCUACACAGUUUUUUAAAGUUUCGUAGUCCCAUCGAGGAGGCAAUACCAAUGGCGAAUAUUCAGCACCAGCAACAUUGCCGUUCUUUGUUUGCAUAUACAAUAUAACUUCUCUCUAUGUUAUAUGGGAAAACGACAACAAUUGUUUUACCAGUACUUAUAAAAAAUGCAAAAAAAUUGUAUAAAGUUUCAGAGAAUAUUAAGUUAGAUUUUAGACUAUAAUCAAGUAAUCAACUAACCUCGACCGAUUCGUUGUCAAUUAUUUGUGUUUCAUCUUCACCAGGUAAAGCCACUUGAUAGAUGCUAUCAUCAUUGUCUUGUGUUUCGCUAUCAGAUGUUUCGUGAUUAGCAUUGUUUAUUUCAUUGUCUGUGUCGUAUUCGAAUUCGGAAUCGCUCUCCGCCAUGUUUAUUGCCGCCAUUUUGAAUUUUCAUUUGACAUAAAACCCACAUGUCAGGCUGAGACUUUUCCGUGCUAGUCGCGUAAUUUUGAAAACGGGUGUAAAGUUAAAAGAUAAGAAUUAAAUCACUGGUGAUUUUGCAACAAGGUGUUUGCCAAACAAGCAAAAACUGGAAAACAGACCGACGUUCAUGGCAUUAUUUAUGGUUAAGGUUUGAUGAAAUACAUUGUCUAGAAAACUAUAAGCAUUUAUAUAGCCAUUUCUUUGAAGUAGCUAAAUAUAAAUUUAUAUUAAUUAUAAAUUAUACACUGUUUGGUUAUCAAAUUAAAAGUUAAAUUAAAUGUGUUUUUUUACCAGUGAACGAGCUUUCCAGUUCUGUUUCAAGUUUUCUUCUUAUGUCUUCGCGGGCAGACUGCCGUUUGUCCACUCUCUUGAACUCUGGACUGUUUGUCUUAUAAAGGCAUUCAUAGUUUGGCCAUAACUCCACCAAAAGCUCUUCCUCCUCGACUGUCCAACAUACCUUUUUAUUUUUACAUUUCUGCAGCGUUUUUGUUUUUUCCGCCAUUUUUGCUCGCCAAAAACAACUAUGCAGGGGUGACAGAGUCACGUUUUGCCUAAUUUUAUUGCAAAAAUCGCAGCGAAGUGCGAUAAAUUUUGAGCAAGAUUGAAAAUAUCGCACCUUGUUGCACUUGAAUUGCACUGGAAUUGCAGUUAAAUCGCAGGGUGUUUACACUGGCGAUUUCAUGUCGCCAUCACGUCAGCAGAAAAAAUCGCACUUAAAAUCGCACUGAAAAUUGCAAGUAGUCUAGGACCUGUAUAUGAGUUUGUAUGCAUUUCAUUUAGCACAGGUAAUCUCAACUGUUUUAGGGUAAAAUGACCAUGGCGGUCAACAUGGCAUAUGUGCCAAAAGCUGAAUCCGGGACGAAAGUCCUGAAAAUGACCCCGCCCUGAAACAGCAGUGUCGACAUAGCUCUAACUUCAGAAAACAAAAAGCGAUAGUCUUUCUGAAGUGCUUAUAGUGUUUGGAAGGGUUGCUUUUAGGGGUGGUCAUUGGAAGAAAAAUUUGUCCAAGUAUAAUAUUUUACAAGAAAAUGACCAUGCACCACCCCAGGUAAAUUGCUGAUUAUGCAUAAAAUAACUAAUGUGCCUGGCAGAAAUUAAAUAUUCUUAUUUCCUAAAAAAAAUUAUCAUGGGGUUAAAAACUAUGCUUAAUUUAAUGUAAAUAUUGUUGAUUUCAUAAGGAUUGUCAUUGUUUUCUUUAAAUAUAAUAAAUUUUAUUUCACUUACCCCCCCACGAAAACGCGAUUUCAGCCAUAUUUUGCUGUCUUGUUUGCUUUUUAUCGCCGAAUCACGCAAAUAUCAUCCAGUUAUUGUACUUUUACAUAAUCAUAAAUGGCUGAAGAAGAUUUCAAAGAAGGUUUCAUCCACUUUUGAAACAGUGCAGUGUAUUUUAUCUUCGAUAAUGUGUCCUUCGAUAUCUCGUCAAAUUGCCGCCAUUUUAAUGGCUCGCCGCUUCUCUGCCCGAUAAAUGCCACUUCUUCGUUUUCAUAUGUAUUUAGAUUACAUUAUCCAAGAGUACUUCAUUGUAGAAUAGUCCCAAUCCAAAAAUUGGAAAUAUUAUUUGUACUUGGGAGGAAAAAACCUCCCAGUACAAUUGUCCUGUUAGAAUUCAAAAGAAAUAAUUUAAAAAUCACGCGCAAGUUCGCGAAAACACCUCGUGGGUUACAUAACAGGGGGGGUGAAUAUUUUCACGAAACGUUUGUUCGCCACCACAGGCCACAGCAACCUAAGUUAGGUACAUUAUAUUUAUUGUAUAUUUGUGAUUUUUGAUAAAAACAAUAAAUAUUUGCGUAUAUUUAUCAUCAAUUAUAAAAAUACAAAAAAUAUAAUACAUUUAGUUAGGUUGCUGUGGUGGCGAACAAACGUUUCGUGAAAAUAUUCACCCCCCCUGUUAUGUAACCCACGAGGUGUUUUCGCGAACUUGCGCGUGACUUUUAAAUUAUUUCUUUUGAAUUCUAACAGGACAAUUGUACUGGGAGGUUUUUUCCUCCCAAGUACAAAUAAUAUUUCCAAUUUUUGGAUUGGGACUAUUCUACAAUGAAGUACUCUUGGAUAAUGUAAUCUAAAUACAUAUGAAAACGAAGAAGUGGCAUUUAUCGGGCAGAGAAGCGGCGAGCCAUUAAAAUGGCGGCAAUUUGACGAGAUAUCGAAGGACACAUUAUCGAAGAUAAAAUACACUGCACUGUUUCAAAAGUGGAUGAAACCUUCUUUGAAAUCUUCUUCAGCCAUUUAUGAUUAUGUAAAAGUACAAUAACUGGAUGAUAUUUGCGUGAUUCGGCGAUAAAAAGCAAACAAGACGGCAAAAUAUGGCUGAAAUCGCGUUUUCGUGGGGGGUAAGUGAAAUAGAAUUUAUUAUAUUUAAAGAAAACAAUGACAAUCCUUAUGAAAUCAACAAUAUUUACAUUAAAUUAAGCAUAGUUUUUAACCCCAUGAUAAUUUUUUUUAGGAAAUAAGAAUAUUUAAUUUCUGCCAGGCAUAUUAGUUAUUUUAUGCAUAAUCAGCAAUUUACCUGGGGUGGUGCAUGGUCAUUUUCUUGUAAAAUAUUAUACUUAGACAAAUUUUUCUUCCAAUGACCACCCCUAAAAGCAACCCUUCUAAACACUAUAAGCACUUCAGAAAGACUAUCGCUUUUUGUUUUCUGAAGUUAGAGCUAUGUCGACACUGCCGUUUCAGGGCGGGGUCAUUUUCAGGACUUUCGUCCCGGAUUCAGCUUUUGGCACAUAUGCCAUGUUGACCGCCAUGGUCAUUUUACCCUAAAACAGAUGAGAUUACCUGUGCUAAAUGAAACGCAUACAAACUCAUAUACAGGUCCUAGACUAAAGUGUAAACAGGCCUUAUGUAUUAAAUGUUUUGUUUACAUGCAGUGCAUGUAUGCAUCUGCUAUUUUUAGUGUGUGUGCCAAAAACCAUGCAUUCAACCAUUUCUAUAUUAUUUAUUUCAAUAUUUCGUGCAUGAAAGAUUGAAAAGAUUGUGAUUUCAAUAACGUGUUUAAUGUUUUAACAAAAUCUCAAAUAUAAAGCCUGUUCUAAAAGUCAUAUUUUACAUGCGCCGAAUGCAUUCAAAACAAUGGAUAAUGAGGAUUUCAGCUGAUUAUCUAUUGACGAUUGUUUUGAAUGCAUUCGGCACAUGUAAAACGAGACGUUUAGAACGGGCCUUAUACAUGGAUAGAAAUACAAUUCCCAACAUUAAUACUACGAAUUUUGCUUUGAACAAAAUAUUAAAUAUAAUACACAGCUAGAAACAGCACAAUUCCCAACAUUUAAAAUACUACGAGUUUUGCUUUUGAAAUUUCGACACUACAUUGCAAUGCCAAUGAUAGUUUAAUUAAUUAAAGUGCAAAAACAAGAAAGGUUGACAUUAGUUAAUCAUUGUUGCAUGAUAGUUGCUGGCUAUCAUUGCUCAGGCUCGCCCCAUGAUGCUUAGCAUCUCCCUAGUACAACAUAUUGUCCAAAAUUAGACUGUUCUAAGGGUUUACUUACCAUAAAAUCGUGUACAACUGUUAGACCAACCGGCAGAUUUCAGAUUGUCACCAUAUUGAACCCUUUUUGGUGGCAAAGAUGUUGAGGCGGUUCAACUGCUAUGUGCACCAUACACAUUGGUAUCGAUACAUGAUGAUGUAAGAACUUCUUUGACCCAUCUGGCAACCAUAUCCUUUGAAACAUGACGAUUUGGUUUAACAUAACUAAUUAAUAACUGUGUAUGCUUAUCUCUCAAUUUUGUCCUUCCAAUGUACGGUAUUCUUCCAAAUGUUGCAUGACACAUAUUCUGGGUUCUUCAUUAAAGGAACCAGUUUAAUAGGGUCACUAUGCUUUCCAAUUUUGGUUUGUUUCAAUUUCUGCCAUAUUGUAAUUCGGUAUCGGUCAUCCAUUUUUUGCAUGUGAUUUAUAUCUAUGGUAUGUACAGUUUGGCACCUCUGGCCAGUCAAUAAACACAACAACAUUGUUAACUUCAAGGUAAGCUGUUUCAGAGAUAAAGGUGUGGGAAUACCUAAAUUUUUCAGAUACUCCAAAACUACACUGACAUCCCAAAUCUCAGAAUAUCUUGGCAACGCCAGUCUUAAGUAAAAAAUCCCUUUCAUAGUCUGGCAAAUGGAGGGUGGUCACCAAAUGUUAUUUCAUUCUCCGUUAGCAACAUAGAUAAAGCAGAACAUGCUGUAUUAAUGCUGUAUUAAUUCCACUAUAGCUUGGGUUUACUUUAAACUUGCUAACUAUGAUUGUAAGGUAACACCUCAGAAGGCUUCCCAGCUACAGCAAGACGCACCAAAAUGCUAAAACAGCAAACCAUAAGUAUUAGGGAUGCUGCCAGGAUCAUAGGGAAAAUAGUAUCCAUUUCCCUGGGGUUAUGUAUGGACCCCUCUACUAUAGACAUCUAGAGCAUGAUAACACCCUAGAUUUGAAGCAAAAUCAGGGUAAUUUUGAUGCUAAUAUGACUUUUUCUGCUGAAGUGAGAAAAGAGCUAGAUUGGUGGGUCAGGAACAAUGCUCACCUCGUUUAAACCCAUAGGUCAUGGUCUACCUGACCUAACAAUUACCAUUGAUGCUUCCAAACUAGGGUGGGGGCAACAAUAAACCCUGCCUCAUCUAAUAGAACCACUGUGUCUGCUACAUUAUGUACAUAUUGAUUAUAUGUUUGACCUUUGAGGUAUAGGUCAUCAAUAUGUCCCACAGAAACAUGGCUCUGUUUGUGUAAAUAAGCCAGAAGUGGCUUAAGAAUUUUUGUGAAUUUCCCGGGACAGUAAGACAGGCCAUUGCGUAUGCAAGUGAACCCAUAUGGCCUGCCUCCCCAUUCAAACCGAAGAUAUUUCCUAUGAGCACCAUAAAUUGGUAUCGAAUAGUAGGCGUCCUUUAGAUCAAUGGAGGCCAUGUAACAUUUUUUUACAACAAGUUUAGUUAUAGUAUUUAGGAAGUCAUUUUAAAAUGGUAAUAACUCACAUAUUUGUUAAAUUGUUUUAGGUUAAGUAUUAACUUGUAUGAACCAUCCUUUUUUGGAUGUAAAAAUAUUCCUGAUAGAAUCUGAUUGCUCUGUUCUAACAGGUACUAACCUGUUUCUGAACCAGUUUUUCAAUCUCCUGAUUAAUAAGCAACUGCUCAUGCUUUGUUCUUUUUGGAUCAAAAAGUCUAUGCUGAGUUAGUAAUUCAUCACAUUGAAUUCUCAUACCAACAAUGUCUGAGAGUAUUUCUUUGUCAUUAGUGAGGGCUACCCAUUUUUGAAAAUGGUCAACCACUUGUCCAGCUACAAAUUCAUGACAUCUUUGCUGGAGAUAUAUUACUACAUAUGGCACAAAAUUGACAAAUUUACUUGCCGAGUUUGUAAUAUUCUGCAAUUUCUGCAUUAUUUCCUCCCCCUGGUAGGCCAAGUUUGGCCUUUCCAUAACAAAUCCUUCCCUUGUCUUCGGUAGGGAUUGUUUUGGGUGCUAGUGUGAUUUCCUCUGGAAUACUGUUUCCAACCAGUAUGUUGGGUAACAUUGUGUGUCAUGGUUUUCCCCUAUCCUGCACAAUUCUUUAGCAUCCUGUAAUUUCUUCGGUUUAUUUCAGACAUAUUUGAUCUCUCCUUAGUUGGAAAAGAUUGUGAUUCAUAUGUCCCAGCAAGGGCAAUAGAAUGAACAGUUUCAGCUAACACUGAUUUACUAUCAAUUUGUUAACCUGCCAUAAAGGUAUUGAUAAUUUCAAGGUUAACAAACAGAAGUUUCCUUGCUAUUUGUUGAAAAUUGCCCAACUGCAAGUCAGUUUUCUUUUUCUGAGAGGAGAGCUGCAUCCAAAUCUCUGGGUUUACAAAGACCUCUGUAUCUGUCUCCACAGUUCUCUGGACGUUUAUACUUGGAAAGUAGGGCCUUACCUUUAUCAAACCUCAAUUGUUUCCCCCAACACUUGUUGGCAAUGUUAGCCAAAGGUUGGUUGACACUUUCCUUGGUGUGUUCAUCUUCCUCAAGCUCAUUAGCUAAGUCUUGGAGAAGGUCUGAGUCAGGUUGGUCGUUGACCGCUUUGUUUUGCCCGGUGAGCAAUAAAACGUCCUUCAUCGAGAUCAUUCUGUUCAUUACUGCUUGUGUAAAGGCUAACUUCAUCAUCAUAUUGACAGGACCUGAUUAGCAGCAUCUCGCAUGUUCAAUCUCGCUGUCUUUGCUUUUGUCGAACUAUUUGCUUGCUCUUAGACUAAUGUUGUUCACUGUAGCCAUUUGGCCCAUGUUUUCUCCAAUAGUCUCCAAAGUGUUGCUAAUUUCUCUUGAUUGAACAGAGGCACCUGAAGUAGAUAAUUCACCUGCUUCAGGACAUUCGGAAGUGUGAAAUUCACAUAGUUUUUUUACCCCUGUGAAGGUAGCUGUGGAUUGGGCCUCAGAUUCGGCCUUAGAUUGUGCCUCACAUUCAACUGUAUAGAUGGUUUUCACUCACAUGACCAAGAUCCUAGCAAUGGUUGCUACGCCGCCAUGUUGGUGUACCGUAUUGUCAACAAAGAAAUUAGUAAAUGCUUAUUCUGACAUGGUUUUGUGUUUAAUAGUUGAUUGUGCAAGUAAAUCCGGCCAAGAUAUAAAUAUUUCAUUUUCUUGAGUCCCUUCGGUAUUUACUAAAGAAGGAAAAGAAGCAGAAGAAUUGUCAAAAGAAAGGCGCUUGCGUUGGAUUUCGGCUAUAAGUACAGAUGAGUGUACCGAAAGCACCCUAAAGAACGAUCGUGUAUGUAGCAAACACUCUGUGUCUGGAAAAGCAGCGAAGAGUUGGGACAGAUAUAAUAUGACUGGGUACCCACACUAAAUCUUGGCCAUAACAAGAGUGUACGAACAGCAAAUCUUGAGCAGGCAGAGCAAAGGGGGAAACGAACGAACGAGAAGGAAAGGCUGCGACUAGAACAAGAGAGAGAACACUUGCGUUUGGAAGAAGUCGCAGCAAAGAAGGCCAAGUUAGAAUAUGGAGACAGUCAACCUAUUUCGGAUAUCUGCUUCAGCGAGGCAAGUACACAAACAGAAGAAUUUGAAUAUUCAUUCACCAAACAGCAAUCACAGAGCCCAAUUUCCGAGGAUAAUUUUCGCGUAGCCGAUAGUAAAGUAAGUUUUUAUACUGGACUACCUUCAUUUGAAAUCUUGAGUACAGUUUUCCGUCAAAUAUUGCCAUUUGUAACUCGUAAGACUGUACGAUUGACUCCUUUCGAGGAAUUUGUUUUAACUUUGAUGAAGUUAAGGCUAAAUAUGCCAUUUGAAGAUCUUGCUAACCGGUUUGGAAUUUCUGUACCUACUGUUUCAAGAAUUUAG